AUGCACACAGAGACCUCCAUCAAUCGUGGCGCAAUCGCAGGGCUGUGCAACUGCGAUCUGAACGGCGUGACGAUUGGGACGACGAGGAGCGGUAAUACGCGCGAAGGCGAGCUGCAAUGGAACGUGGAAGUGAUCAACAACUGUGCGUGCCCCAUCAGCAACCUGGUCGUUUCAUGCAAAGGAUUCGCCAGCACUCUGCCAGUAAAUCCGGCUCUGUUCAUGCAAAGGAUAUCACAGGCUCAAAAUGGCGGCGCUUAUGAGGACCUCCGCCUCGAGGGGAGACCCGUCAAGAAGAACGCGUUCGCCGUCGUGAAAACCGACCCGUUCUUCAAUUCCAGGUCGACCAGGGCGGAUUCCGACGGCGGGAGCUACCCUCAGUGGAACGAGAAGGUUGUCGUCGAGAUGUCAAUGCCGCCGGCCAAUUCGGAGCUACUGUCAGCUGGAACAGAUACCAACUGCUCAACAAUCGAGUGGAUGAUGGCAGAGCUGAUAAGGAAUCCCAACUCCCAAGUGCAUGAAAAAACUUGA